CAAAAAGCGUUUGCCGAAGGUUAUAAAAGUUAUCCUGCUAAGCUAAAGCUAGUUUAGUGUGGGUGAGACACUCAAGAUUCAGUCGGUCGUGGAAUAAAGCAAGAGCAAGAACUCUCAGCAUAAUGGAUGAGGAGCAGACAAAAAUGUUGAAGAGGGCAUUCUCUAUGUUUGACUCUGGAAAAAAGGGAAGCAUCGAAAAAGAAAAGGUGAAGACCAUUCUAAACACUCUGGGCCACACAUUCGAUGAUCAGGAGCUUGAGUCACUGCUCCAGAAAGAAGAUGAAGAGGGAAGUGGUGUUGUGAGUUUUGACGCGUUCUGCAGGGUUGCCUGCCACUUCCAGGAGGAAGACGAUGAGGCUCUCCAGAAAGAACUGAAAGAAGCCUUCAGGUUAUAUGAUAAAGAGGGAAAUGGAUACAUUCCCACGAGCUCACUCAGGGAAAUCCUCGCUGCUCUCGAUGACCAGAUCACACCGGAUCAAAUGGAUGGAAUGAUUGCGGAAAUCGAUACAGACGGCUCUGGCACAGUUGAUUUCGACGAAUUCAUGGAGAUGAUGACCGGCGACUGAGCCUGAAUAUUAUACCAACAAAAAAUUUUAUUCAUCCCACAAACAAGGUGACAAAAAAUAAACAGAUAUGUAUGACUAUUUUGUGAAUAU